CCGGUUCAGGGUUUCCCUAGUGCCCCCUCUAGCUUUUCUAGGGACUGUGACGGAUUGAUUCAUUCAUUCGACAUUCAAAGGAACAGCCCCCGUCUGUCGUUUCCUGCACCUUCUCCAAGACAUCCACCUCCUCUACACGUCCGCCAUGGGUUCCAUUGAUUUGGCUGAGCUGCCCGCCAUGAAGAGCGACCCUAAGUUCAUCUUCUUCACCGACUUUGACGGCACAAUCACGCUCCAAGACUCGAAUGACUUCAUGACGGACAACAUUGGCUAUGGCCGCGAGAAGCGCCGCGCAGGCAACCUGGCCUGUCUCAACAACGAAAUCACCUUCCGCGACUCGUUCCGCGACAUGAUGGACAGCGUUACGAAGCCAUACGACCAAUGCAUCCAGUACCUUGUCGACAACAUCAAGCUGGACCCGGGCUUCAAGGCCUUCUUCGAGUGGUCCCUUGAGAACAACAUUCCUGUCGUUGUCCUGAGUUCCGGCAUGGAGCCCAUCAUCAGAGCGCUGCUGGAGAAGCUCGUCGGCCCCAGCGCAAGCAAGAUGCAGGUCCUUGGUAACAAUGUCGGGCCGCGCGAGGGCAAGAGCAUCAACGAGGAGGGCGGAUGGCAGAUUCUGUUCAAGCACCCCGACUCUGGCUUUGGCCACGACAAGUCAAUUGAACUGCGCAAGUACUCGUCGCUCCCCGAGGGCGUGCGCCCAACCAUGUUCUACGCUGGCGACGGCGUCUCAGACUUGUCGGCUGCCCGCGAAACAGACCUGCUCUUCGCCAAGAAGGGCCACGACCUCAUCAGCUACUGCGCGCGCGAAGAUGUCCCCUUUACCGUCUUCGAGGACUGGAACAACAUCUUGAGCAAGUGCAAGAGCAUCGUUGAGGGCAAAACGACUGUCCAGGCGGCUGCCAAGGAAGGGUACGAGGCGUUCAAGAGUGGCGAGGCUGGCCUCAAGAAAUAGAUGGGACUGGGUGAUUAGACAAGCGAGGAUGGGUCCUCGCUGUCACAGGGUAUCUAUGCUGCGGCGCAGCAAACCCUUACAUUUGGCCACGGCUCCUUUCCGUCAUGGAUUACUCCGCAAGGGCUCGCAGUAGUGGCUGCGGCGUGCGUGGGCGGGAGCCACCCCGCCAUUUUGCAUCUGAAUGCUAUACAUGGAAAGUCUCAAUGACACCUCCAAGACGAUUAGACACGACUACACGAU